CCUUUCACACUGCACCACCAACAUUACGUUUCCGCUUCCACCUCGAAACAGCACUUUGGCUAAACCGUCGGCGGGAAGUUAUUUUCACAGAUUUAACCACAAAUCAGCAAGAGCUACACGGACUAAACUCUAAACUAUCGAGAGUUCACUGCCUAUCAUUGAUGGAUCUGUAGUCGGGAACACGCAAACAGGAAGUUAAGCUUUUAGCGGCGUGGGAUCAGCUAACAUGGCUAACGUCGGGAACCAACUACCAACACAGGCCGUUAGCAAGCCUGCACCGGGGAAACAUGGAAAUGUACUGCCCCUGUGGGGCAACGAAAAGACAAUGAACCUCAACCCAAUGAUUCUCACCAAUGUGCUGUCUUCGCCGUAUUUCAAAGUUCAGCUUUACGAACUAAAGACCUACCACGAAGUUGUGGACGAAAUCUAUUUCAAGGUGACCCAUGUUGAACCCUGGGAAAAGGGAAGCAGAAAGACUGCAGGCCAGACUGGAAUGUGCGGAGGGGUGCGUGGAGUUGGGACUGGUGGGAUUGUAUCUACUGCUUUCUGUCUUCUAUACAAACUGUUUACCCUCAAACUGACACGCAAACAGCUGAUGGGUCUGAUCACUCACACAGACUCCCCAUACAUCAGAGCACUUGGCUUCAUGUACAUAAGAUACACUCAGCCUCCAGCAGAUUUGAUAGACUGGUACGACGGCUUCCUGGAUGAUGAGGAGGAGCUUGACGUGAAGGCAGGAGGCGGGUGUGUGAUGACCAUUGGAGAGAUGCUGCGCUCCUUCCUGACCAAACUGGAGUGGUUCUCCACCCUGUUCCCCCGCAUCCCCGUGCCUGUGCAAAAGAAUAUCGACACGCAGAUGAAGGCGAGACCGCGGAAGGUGGCUCAGAAGGAGACGCAGGAGGAAGAGGCUUCGUUCACAGAGCCGGGGAAGCAAGGUGAACGACGGCAUUCCAGGUCGCCCAGACGGACACCGAGCCCCCGAAGGUCCCCCAAGAGGUCCAGGAGCAGGAGCCACCAUCGGGAGAGAGACCGCCACGGCCCCAGCUUCGACCGGGAGCUGGAGAGAGAGCGUGACCGCCAGAGGAAGGAGAAGGACGGCAGGGACGGCAGAGAUGGCAGAGACCGAGACAGGGACAGGGGGGAGCGAGGGGACAGGGAGAGGCGGCGGUCCCGUAGCGCAGACAGAAACCAAGAGCGCCGGGAACGCAGAAGGAGUCGCAGCGGCAGCCGGGAGAGAAGGAGCGAACGCAGGGAGAAACAAAGAGACGGAGGGGAGGACAAGAGCAGGAGGAAGGACAGGGACCACCAUAAAGAUCGAGGUACAGAGAGGGAGAGGUCCAGGGACAAGAAGAGCAGGGGGGAGGCGGAUGAGCGGAGGCACAAAGACGAUAGAGAAAGGCACAGGGACGAGAGGAAGGCCAAAAGGUCGAGCCGGAGUCGAAGCAGGGAGAGGAGGCACAAAAGUGGGGGAGAGGAGAAGAGCAGGAAGAGAGAGCGCAGCCACAGCAGAGAGAGGGACAGGGACAGAGACGGGGAGCAGCGGUCUCACAAACGCAGCCGCAGUAAAGAGAGGAGCCACCAUCAGCGAGAGUCCAGCAACGAUCAUAGCAAACACAACGAACGCCGAAGGAGUCAGAGCACUGAGUAACUGUCGCCUCGCAGCAAUAUUACUCCUCCUCCUGUGUUUUUCCUUCCUUCUUUCUACCCAGCUGUCUGGUCGGUCACUCGUGCUAAAGAGAAAGAACGUUGGUUUAUUGGACAUCUGGAGUUGUCGUCUUUUGGCCGAUGUAAUGUUGCUUUAUGUUUUUCUGCUAUUUCAAUCCUCGUUAGACCAUUGUUAGUCCUCACUUUGGAAAAAAGUGAGAAAAAAUGGCAUUUUAAUUUUCUAUGGUUCAUGUUUUGGCCCAGGAAGACAUGGGUUUGUACAUAAUGUUUGGAGGCUGCCUGCACGCGACGAAUGGCCCGAGCUGCCUUUCCUCCUGGGUUGGGUGCAGUCCAGACCGAAGGCUCAGCUCCACACUGUCAUCAUAUACUUUAUGUAAUUUAUAAAGAAUAACCGUUAUGUUUUUUUUUUCUCAAGCUGUACAAAAGUCAAUUCAUGCUUAUUUUUAAAGUUUGACUAAUAUUGCAGUGUAUUUGUGAACGGUUAGCUGGAAGAUGGCUAAGCCGCUGUAAAACAGUUCAGGCCACGAUCGCGUGCAGACAGCCUGAGAAUGUUUUAAUCCUCUAAAGGGCACUCUGCAAAGGGUAAUUUUUACCACACACACUUGAGCCCUGCUUGUGUUGUGUUUGGGUUAUUGCUCUGUUGCAUUUUGUUUUCUAAUAAAACACUUUUACAAACGUU